CGCAACCACCAUUCUAACUUUCAGGUCAGGAACUCGAGAGGGAAGAAGGAGGAGGAGAAGAAGAAGAUCAUCUCCUGCAUCGAUCCCAUCGUCGCUUCACGCAGGGAGGAUCAGCGACGACCUCACGAUCCGCGGCCUUCGGGUGGAAGGAAAUAUGGAGGGGCUGAAGCUCGUUUCCCUGGUCCUCGCCGCCUUGCUCCUCCUGGUCGCGCCGCCCCCGCCCGCCUCCGCGGCGGACGCGCGCGGCCCCGGCCUCAGCCUCGGCCUCGCGCCGUCGAGCAUCCCCUCCGUCCACGCCGAGCAGCUGAUCAGGCAGCUCAAUCUGUUCCCCAGGGAGGACGUCAACGUCGUCCGCGGCGGCGGCGGUGUCCCCGGGCCGCUCGGCGCGGGGGAGCGCAUCGUCGAGAGGCGGUUCAGGUUCCCUGGCUUGGGGCUGGAGUCCGGGGUUCCCGUCGAGGAUCUGGGUCACCAUGCCGGGUACUAUAAGCUCGAGCAUUCUCAUGACGCGAGGAUGUUCUACUUCUUCUUUGAAUCACGAAGCAACAAGGAUGAUCCUGUUGUUAUCUGGCUGACUGGAGGACCGGGUUGCAGUAGUGAAUUGGCUAUGUUCUAUGAAAAUGGUCCCUUUGCCAUUGCAGACAACAUGUCCCUUGUUUGGAAUGAAUACGGUUGGGACAAGGCUUCAAACCUGCUCUAUGUUGAUCAACCAGUUGGGACUGGCUUCAGUUAUACCUCUGACAAACGUGACAUCCGACACAAUGAAGAUGGUGUCAGUGACGACUUAUAUGAUUUCUUGCAGGCCUUCUUUGCGGAGCAUCCUCAGUUUGCAAAGAAUGACUUCUAUAUUACCGGAGAAUCAUAUGCUGGUCACUACAUUCCUGCUUUUGCUGCUCGUGUUCAUCGAGGAAACAAAGCUAAAGAAGGAAUUCAUAUAAACCUAAAGGGAUUUGCUAUUGGCAAUGGCCUUACUGAUCCUGCAAUUCAGUACAAAGCUUACACUGAUUAUGCAUUGGACAUGGGGAUUAUUGAGAAAUCUCAGUAUAAUCGUAUCAACAAGAUUGUUCCAGUGUGCGAAAUGGCUAUAAAGCUUUGUGGAACUGAUGGCACAGUCUCUUGUAUGGCUUCGUAUUUUGUUUGCAAUGCUAUAUUCAGCAGCAUCAUGGCACUGGCUGGUAACGUCAACUAUUAUGACGUCAGAAAGAAGUGUGAAGGGAGCCUAUGCUAUGACUUCUCCAACAUGGAAAAGUUCUUGAACCAGAAACCUGUCAGGGAUGCACUUGGAGUUGGGGAGAUAGAUUUUGUGUCAUGUAGCCCAACAGUUUAUCAGGCCAUGCUGGUGGACUGGAUGAGGAAUCUGGAAGUAGGAAUUCCUUCUCUUCUCGAGGAUGGAGUUGAAUUGCUAGUCUAUGCUGGAGAAUAUGAUUUAAUCUGCAACUGGCUCGGCAAUUCGAGAUGGGUUCAUGCCAUGGAAUGGUCUGGUCAGAAGAAGUUUGUGGACUCUCCUGAUGUUCCCUUCGAAGUUGAUGGAUCGGAAGCAGGAGUUUUGAAGAGCCAUGGCCCUCUGAGUUUCCUCAAGGUGCAUGAUGCUGGUCACAUGGUUCCAAUGGACCAGCCCAAGGCGUCACUAGAGAUGCUGAGAAGGUGGACUCAAGGCAAACUCUCUAAAACUGGAGCUGACACGGAGAACUUGGUGGCUGAGAUGUGAUUCGGUCGCCUGCGCAUCUCAUGGGAAUAACUUCUUCAAGAAUUUUAUUUUCUUGUAUAAGUGCUUGUAAAUAUUUCCUCUACAUAAGUUGUGCUCUCAGACUCUUUAGAGGAUCUCCGACGAAUGAUGGUAUGGUUCACUGUCGGUUAUUGAGAUGGUUCUGUUAAUGUUAAUCUCACAGGGCACUUCGGUAUAACUAGAACUGGAUCCUUGUCCCAUGUUUUUAAGUGAAGGUAAAGGAAGGUGUAUGUGCAGCGUUGCGAUUUCUUUGA